UCCCUCUCUCUCUUUUUCGAUUUUAGGGCUCUAGCGAGCGAAAAAGGAAAGGCGCUCGAUCGGCCACAGCGAUGAAUCAAUGCGCCUCUCUUCCAUCGCAUUCUAGCUGCAUUCGCGGUGGAUUCUGGGCGCUCCACUCCGCGCCGGCGGCGCCAAUGAGCUCCAUUGCGUUUCCGCGGCGAAGGCUGGCUGUUGCUAAAACGACAAGCCUGCCUCACCUUGUCACGCAUCCGGAGGGGUUUGGUCGCGCCAAUUGGAGAGCGUGCCCAGCGUCGAGGCGAUUGAAUAGGAUUUGUGCUAUUAGAAGAACACGAAUUUUUGCGAGCAUGGAUACGGCAGGCUUGGAUCCUGCAGUGUCAAACGGGCAGGCUACUCCCCUCGGUGCAUCUAAGCUGAGAGAGGGCGUCAAUUUUGCGUUGUUUUCAGAGCAUGGAACUUCUGUGACGCUAUGCGUUCGCCUGGGAACAGAAGGUCCUGUUAAAGAGAUUGUGCUCGAUCCACAAAAGAACAGAACUGGAAACGUCUGGCACAUAUGUCUUGAGAACAUCCCGCUAAGCGGUGUCUUGUAUGGAUAUCAUGUUGAUGGACCUCGCGACAAGAAUAGUCGAUUUGACAAAAACACGCUGCUGCUUGAUCCGUAUGCGAAGUAUGUGGAAGGACGUAGAAUUUUUGCAGAUAAGACCCAGAAGCUGGCUCCGCACUGGGGAACUUUCGAUUUUACACUAUCUGAAUUUGACUGGGAGGGAGAUGAAGCACGCACCAGGGUCCCGGAGAAAGACCUGGUUAUCUACGAGAUGAGUGUGCGUGGUUUUACAAAGGACCAAUCUUCUGGUGUUGCUGAAGAAGUUCGGGGAAGUUACCUUGGCUUUAUUGACAAGAUUCCGCAUUUAGUCGAGCUUGGCGUGACAGCAGUUGAGCUUCUUCCAAUAUUUGAGUACGACGAGCUUGAGUUUCAAAGGAGACCAAACCCACGGGACCACAUGGUAAACGCUUGGGGCUACUCAACCAUAAACUUCUUUUCUCCGAUGAGUCGGUUUGCCAGCAACGGAGGUGGACCUAUAGCUGCAUCUCUGGAGCUAAAGCAAAUGGUGAAAGCGCUUCAUAAAGCGGGGAUUGAGGUUCUCUUGGAUGUGGUGUACAAUCACACAAACGAAGGAGGCAAUGCAGAUCCUUAUGUCACAUGCUUCCGAGGUGUAGACAAUGCGGUGUAUUACAUGAUGGAUGCAAACGGCUACAUGAACUAUUCUGGAUGCGGAAACACUCUGAAUUGCAACCAUCCGGUCGUUACUGAGUUUAUUUUGGACAGCCUCAAGCACUGGGUCACGGAAUAUCAUAUUGAUGGAUUUAGAUUCGACCUUGCCAGUGUUCUUUGCCGGGGUACCAAUGGCGCUCCAUUGGCGAAUCCUCCUCUUAUUCGGGCAAUAUGUAAGGAUGAAGUGCUGUCCAAGUGCAAGCUUAUUGCCGAACCUUGGGAUUGUGGAGGCCUGUAUUUAGUAGGCGCGUUUCCUAACUGGGACAGGUGGGCAGAGUGGAAUGGUAAAUAUCGGGACGAUCUGCGGCGGUUCGUCAAGGGCGAUUGUGGAAUGAAGAGGACACUGGCCACACGGCUAUCUGGAUCCGCAGAUCUGUACAAUAAAAACCAACGAAAGCCUUACCAUGGUAUCAACUUUAUUGUUGCACAUGAUGGCUUCACUCUAUAUGACCUUGUGGCAUACAACAUGAAGCACAACGACGCAAAUGGGGAGCGUGGACAAGAUGGCAGCAAUGAUAAUUUUAGCUGGAAUUGUGGAGUAGAAGGUGAAACGGGUGAUCAGGCUGUGAACGGUCUUCGAGCACGCCAGAUGAAAAACCUACACGUAGCGUUAAUGUUCUCUCAGGGAACGCCAAUGAUGAUCAUGGGUGAUGAAUACGCCCAUACAAAAUAUGGUAACAACAACACGUAUGGUCAUGACACCAGUCUAAACGAUUUUUUAUGGACCCAGCUCCAAAAGAAGAAGGAUCAUUUUGCUUUUUUUUCCAAGGUUAUAAAGUUUCGCUUGAAGCAUCCUCUGCUUGCUCGUUCAGAGUUCCUCUCCAACUCCGAUGUUACAUGGCAUGAAACCCAGUGGGACAAUCCAGAUUCUCGGUUUCUAGCUUUCACGCUACACGAGGGCAAGCUUGGAGGUGGAGAUCUCUACAUGGCGUUCAACGCACACACUUACGCCGUGAAUGCCGCACUCCCACGUCCGCCGGGUGGAAAACGCUGGCUUAGGCUGAUUGACACCCAUUUCGCUCACCCCGAAGAUUUUUGCGAGGAAGGGGUCGGAGGCCUCCAGGAACGAUACAGUGUUGUGCCUUUCAGCUGCAUCGUACUCAUUGCAAAGUCAUAAACCUGAGAAGGGGCAUAUCUUUGGAGUUCUCAACUUAGGAGCUACGUGCUGUAUGGGCCCAAGGGUGUUUGGAAGAAGUCCAUCUUCAGAGCGCUCUUCGGAAGUACGACAAUUGCGUGAAGAAGCGGCUAGUUGACGAGACGCUCUUGAUCGAUGAAACCGAAGCGCUUUGCUCUUUUCGUUUCUGGUGGAGGGUUUGGACACUGCUAUUGCUUCUGUGGAAAACGUUAUUGAUUGAAGGAGCAGCAGCAGGACGAGUUCCAGUUUUUCGGCCGAGAAGCUGGACCCUGUGGACAGACCAGCUUUUGUCAGAACUUAAGAGGGUAUGGUAGAAAUGCAUUUUAAAUUUGGAAACUAUAUAUAUGCAUGAUAUGUUGCAAGGUAUCUUGACUGUCUAUAUACAACUUUUGUUCACUAGGGUA